CACACGAACCUCGGUUGUUGCGCGCGCUGCGAAGAAGUUCGUUGGUUGAAGUUCGGUGUUGAUCGCGAGUAGAAGAAAAAAACUCGUUUCAAGGAUACUAGUUACUGGUAGAUGAAGAAAACCUUCAAAUUGUAGAUUUAUCUUAUUUUAUAGUGCAGCAGACCUUUUGGUUAAUUAAGUUUUUAGUCUCGGUGAUUCGGUGAAAAUAAGUGGGUGAAAUUGAUGGAUGCGACUUCCGAAAGGAAGCAUUCGUUUAGCAACAUCAUCAACAACAACAGCGGUGGCAACGUCGUCGAAAAUAGUGCUGCGAAUAAUAAUAACAAUGCAAAUAACCCGUCAGCCACUGCCGUAGGAAGAAAUCCGUCAAUUCUGCUGGCGCUGGAUUCUGUGCAUCGGUCGCUGUUGCUGAAGAAUUUGCAGUUCGAUCAAGAACCCAGCGUCGAGGAUGGUGCAAGCGAUAAUGUUGUGAGUGGUGGAGUUGGCUAUCGAUCAGAGAAGGAAGACCCACUUGAACCGCGGAAAUCAUCAGAAGUGGCGCAGAUAACUGGUACUGGUGCAGUGGAUUGUCCCAAACAUAUCAAAGAACAACACUUUACAUUAAAACACCAAAACGAUCAUCCGGAUGAGGUUGAUGGCUGUGGUAUUCUGGAUCUGGUGAAGGUGUGCCGCGAUAGGAAUAAUAACGAAACCAGUAGGGUCAUGAUGAUGGUGGCCAAGUUCCAGUCGGGGAAAGGCGGAGGGAAGUUGUUAGUGGAUGAAACAGAAACGAGUGAUUUCGAUACGGCUAGCCUGAGCAGCAGUAGUCUGGGGAGUGUACGGAGUAGUUCCGCUUUCAGUGAGGGAAGUCGGGACGCGGCGAGUGUGGGAAGCUACGGUAGUGAAACGGUGGGACCAAAUGUGAUAGGGACGGGUGAGAGUCACGUGGUGACGGCAGGGGCUGCCACAAUUACGAUUAAUAUUAUCAAUAAGACUGCUGAGGAUUGUGAUACGAGAGGACCGUUGAGAACGGGUCCCGAAAUGAAGGCUGUGCAUGUGCAGGUUCCGGAGUAUGGAAGUGAGGUGGAGCACCGAAUAGAAUCAACCGGAGAGGAGGAAUCGACCGAAUGCGAGGAGGAUGAAGUGCAGAGGCAAGGUAAGCAGAACAAGGGUUUUAAUGCUGCUGAACUGUUUAGCGAUCAGAGUCAUUAUGAGAGUGCUCUUUUCCAAACAGCGGAGAGCCAGGAAUUUCUGGACUGUAAAGAUUUUCUGGAUUCGUCAACCUGUGGCUACGAUGAUAGUUCCGAAGAAACGGAGCGGAAUGACGAUGAAGAAGAAGAUCGUCACAAGCAGAGUCCAAAGGUCACGACCCAGGAACUCAUCGACGAUAAAGACGAACCAAUGAUCAACAUCAUUCAGGAAAUGACCCGCGAUAUGCAAGUCACUUCUACGGUUAUUUUGAACAAGGCUAAAAUCAAAGAACUGCGCAAAUCGCGAUCCGCUGAGAAGAAGGAAAAGCAGAAAAUCGAGAAAAAGAGGUUGGAAAAUUCGCACCUCAGCCGGCAGAAGAUAAUCGAUGAUAAUUUCUGCAACGAAAUCCUUGAUUCAACGAUCCACUUCGACCGUUUGUACGGUAUCAACCGUAAAAAUGCCAUCGAAACACCGGUUGAAGUUUUAAGUGACUCAGCACUGCAGCCAUCGUCCGCGGGGGACGAAUCGUUCGAUUCUUCGAUGUCGUUCGGAAAGCUGGAAGGCAAACCUCGCUACUCGGGACGGCCCAUCGGGAAACUGAUGGCCAGGCGUCUGAAGAAGCUCGAUAAGCAAAGUAGCUGCAAGUCCGAUGUUAAUUCGGACUCAUCUGCCUCCAACUAUGCUAACGGUCCAAAGAAACCCCCACGAACAUUUGCUUCGGCUCGAAGCCACCAUUCGAAAGUAGGCUGGAUGUUGAGAUCCGGAUCGUCAACGGAAGCCAGCUCUGGAAAACCCAGUUGCCCAAAGCUGCAGGAUCUGGACUCGGACCCGGAUCUAAUCGGUUGGAAGUUCGAUAAGCCGGAGAAGUCUGAUAAGGGGGAAAAGUCCCACAACAUGGGAUGGGUCGUUCCGAAAGAACGAACUAACGGAUCUACAAUUCCUCCUCAUAUCUACAAUAUGCUAAACUACUCGGAGGAUGAAGAUCGGAAGCAAUUAAUCAAGACUUCCAAUUCGCGAGCCGCUCCGCAAGCUUCCUGUUGCCACCGGAUCGAAGCCGCCGAGUUGGGUCCAAAGCUGGACAUUGAUACGGUAGAUUUCGCCCCGCAAACACCAAAACGACAGUCGUCGUUGGAUUUCGAGCAGUUUGUUGCCAAUUCCAGAAUCAAAAGUACCCCUCAUAAGCGUCUUCAAUUUCCAGAGAUCGGAAGAAGGACGGAGCUAUUCUUGGACUCGGAAAGGGGCGAAAGACGGCAGCACAGUAGUAAGGAACGACGACGUCGGACGACCGGGGAUUUGCUGGAAGCGGAAUCAAGACAUUUUUUAGGCGACAGCAGAAGAAGUGACCAUGAACCGGACAAACCGGAAGAAUCGGAGGUUUGCCGGAAAUGCAGCGAGAAAUCGAAGAAGAAGUCGUUCCGCAAGGCAGCUGUACGGAGAACCAAGUCAUUCUUCGAGGCAUCCAAGAAGAAAAUUCAUCUCCAAAGUCUUAAAAAGGGCAAGGAAAAGCAACAGUUUGAGACUCCCCAGAAGUACCACCUGGGAUCGAAUCUCAACAAAGAAAACUCCAUCAAAAAGCAACUGCACAAACAUUUGGGUUACACGCCAGAUCAUCUACGGUGUGGAUCCUGUCCGAAAGAAUCCGCAAUAAUUCGAAACAACCUGACUCACACCUACUCCGCUCCCGCUCGAAUUCCGGCUGAAAAACGUCCCAAACUUCCCGUUCGAACAGUUCUAAAUUUGUCCGGUCCGGCAGUGGGUCUUGAAGACGAGAAUCGCAAAAAGCAGAAACCCCAUGAGAUGAAGUUCUUGAAAACGCUCAAAAACCUUCGGAUAUCUCCGAAGAAAUUUUUCAAACCUAAUGAAGAUUCCAAGCGAAGCCCUAUGGAUUCCAGCUCACCUCGUCAACACGGAAAUUUCCAAUCGUACGACGACCUAAACCUGGACGACGUAGCUCAGAUGGGUGACUUCCUGAACAACGUUCGACAAGCCGUAGAAAGCGAACGCACCAACUCUAACGAACGAAUACUGGAUCACUACAGCAAAGCCCGUUACGGGAAACCUAGUUCGAAACCGCGUCACAUUUCCACCAGCAGCGAGUUCCUGGAUCAUCCCGCACUGCGACAAGUACAGGUUGCAGCAGAUCUCCAUCGGGAACCGAUCUACCAGGAAAUUUCCCCAAAAAACGACAAAACCAUUAUCAACGAAUUCAUCAGCGGUGAAUCCAACCACCGCUACCUGAUGAUCAACAACAACCCCAAUGUGAUCUACGCCACCGUGAACAAGACGGCAAAAAAUCUAAUCAAAACCAAGUCGGUGAACAGUUUCUGCGAAGAACCCCAGCUGCAGCCACCAAUCAGCAUGAAAAGGCUCAAUGCCGCACUACCGACUUCGUCCCCGGCAUCCGAGACACAAUCACAUCGAGCUAAUAGCAGCAGACUGCGUCGUUCUCUGUUCAACACUAGUGGUGCUGAUAACGGAGCCAAUGAUAUCUCAGUUUUGCAGGAGGACCAAAGUGGAGAGGAAUCUUUGGCGAUGAUGACGGCACAGCAGGAAGUGCUGGAGGAAAGCAUCGUGCCACAAGUGGCUGGGAAAGUCGGAACUAGUCAGGGAGGGACGGGCAGUUACCGGGGGAAGGGUCGCAAUGGUGUUGGGGACGACGAGUAUCGAACUUUCCGGAAGGACAUUCAGCGGACCAACAGCGGGACGCAAAUGAGAGGUGGCCUGACGAGCGAGGAGCAACUGCUGAAGGCGGCCAUGCUGGACUACGACGAACCGGUCGGAAGGGCGCCACUCGGGAGCAUCGAUACCGAUGAGGAGAUCGAAUCGCUGCAAAAGUACCAAGACAGAGGCCUGGACGAUUUGCUCGCAUCGCUGCGCGAAAACAUCGCCCUCUCAGAGCUCGGCACCAUCGACACGGAAUCGGACGCAUUCGUCACCGGGUACGACACGGUGGAUUUCACCACAAGCGGAGGAACAAGUCGGAGAAACAACCGAACAGACGCCGGCAGCCGGGAACGGAUAAACUCGACCAUCGAUACGGACGACAUCUCGGAGCUGAUGAGUGCUCAGGACUAUAGCGUGUCGAAUUUGUCACCGGUCAAUAGUUCUCCAUCGUCGGAGAAGAUGCGAUUGAACGGGAGUGAUAUCUACCGGAACCUGAAGGAUAGAUUGCGUUCUUCGUUUCGGAAGAGCAAGAGAUUCAUCAAGAAUGAGCAGCGAAAGAUUGCGAAUUUAUUUGAUGAGAAACCGUCAGGCGUCAAGCGAGAGGAAGGCAAUCGGGUGGCUUUCGAUUUGGACGAAUAUCGUAGGAAGUACGAAAGUGACACGGAAGCGGAUGAAAUGUAUCAGUCGCUGAGCAAUGCGGGAUCGUUGGUGGAGCUGAGCAACCAGUUCCUGGCGGAACUGGUCAAUCAGAUCAAAACGCAGUGCGAUCUCAAGAAACAGCUGAAGCAAGCUUUGGCGGUUUGUCGGAACACGAGGGAGUUUGAGUGUUCGUCAGAAUUGAUCGAAGCGGAACGGUUAAUGUUGCUGUCGACGUUGAAGGAAACGGCCGCUAGGAAUGAGUUGAGUAAAAUCGACUACAACUCGAACGGGAAGGUUUUGAGCGAUGGCAAGAAGGUUGGCGUCGUGGCGUUGAAUCAUUUCGAGUUUCCGUUGAAGGAAACUGCCAUGAAUGAUAUGCUGUUCAACUACUUCUAUCUGAUUGUGUGCUCGUACAAGAAUCAGGUUAAGGCCACCCUGUCCAAGGAACGCCACGAGGAUCGGGUGUGCUUCCGGAACUGUGAGAUAAAAUUCCUCGAUCUGGACGCCGACUACGAGAUUCGGGUGGAGGUGUUUGUGCUGCGACUGCGGAAGAAUGCCCGGAACUAUAGCUUCGAGAGCAAGUACCAUCUGAACAAGGACAAUAAAAACCUUCUGGAUUCGCUCCCAAGCCCGGCCAAACUUCUAUCGUCCCGUUCGAGCUCGCCGAAAAACUUCGACUUCGAUAACGAAUUUUCCCGCUUCAAAUCGCAAGGUUUUGUAACGCUAACGUCCUUCAGUUUGCUUCCAUCGAACAGCCACGGCCACCAGAUGGUGGGAAACGAACAGAUGUUGGAAAAUUGUCGCCAAUCGCCUUACUAUUCUGCUUCGAGCAAUUUCCAGCAGAUGGUACGGAAGCAGGGCGAUCACAAUAUCUACCUGGUGGAGGAUUUCAAGUACCUCAAGUUAGAUUCGAUGGUGUACAAUUCUAAUUUGCUGGGCGGCAUCGGAAUGAGCAUCAAGAGCGAAGUGCUAUUCGUCAACUCGGACGUCAGCGGAUUUCUGACCGUGGGUGACAUUCGAGGCGGAAGCAUCGAUUGGAGCAGAAAAUGGUGCAAGGUCAAUGGGUUUGCGUUGGAAUUUUGGAAUUACCCUCAGGAAUGUCAGGAGAAGCUCCCUACUCUCCAAAUCGACCUAACCAAGUGUAUCAACGACGAAGUAAAGUUGGCCGAUCGCUCGGUAUGCUCACGGAAAAGGACCAUCCAGGUGGAGGUAUUCUCUAAGGGAACGACUAGUUGCAGUAGCAGUGGAAUCAGCAGCUACAAGGACUCCGACUCGCAUCAACAUUCGACAAAUCGAAUGAGUGGUUCCGAUCAACAACAACAACAACAGCAGCAGCAGCAAUCUCAGCAGUCUGAGAACACUAGAAACUACCUGCUGUCGGUGGAUACACCGAACGAGCUUAAUAUGUGGCUCAAUGAGCUGAAUAGAGUUGUUAAGUUUUUGAAGGAAUGGAAGAUCUAAGGAUGGUACGUUAACCAACGGAAAUGACACGAGUGCAAUAUAACUUGUUAUGACGGUAGUUUAAAUUAGAACCUAGCUAAUAGUACGCGCACUGCACUGACGAAGGAGACCCACGAAUCUCUGAUAGCUGUAGAAUACAAGUGCCUUCUUCCUAACAACAGAUUUCAUCCCUUAAGUUUUAAUUUUCUGACGAAGCAAUCUUCGCAAUAGCUAUUAGAUGUUUAAUAUAAUACUUAGUGCAUUGCAUUCCACUGAAGACAGAAUCAGGCCCGAUCACAAUCAUUCCACUUUUGAAGAAACAUAUGUAGGGGAAGGAGGGGUAUAGUGAGCAUCCUGUACUUUAGCCUAAGAUUUCUGGUUGUUCGGGGUAGGCUCAUUGUGCCCCACCUGUUCACUAUGUCUCUCUUAACCCUAUCGACAUUUCAACGCAGAUGCCUCACGGAGAAAAGACUUAUUCAACAAGAGAACAAUAAUAGCAGCUAUUAGAACAAAACAGAUCUAAACGAUAGGCUAGGAUAUGUACUGAAUCGUUUCGAUUUUAAAGGAACAUUUCGAGAAAGACUUGCACAUACUUACACCUACACUCAAACAACAAUCUGAAUUCAAUCGAAAUGAUCUCAAUUGGAGGAUUUAUUCUCACAACCGAUUGGUACAUAAUAUAAAAGCGAAACUAUAAAUUGUACAUUCACUGAGAACUACUUAGCUUAGACGUAAGGUAACGUUACUCACUGAGGCUAGGAAUCUGGUGAAACGUGCUGAUAAUCAACUCCAGGCAGCACAUGUAUUUUUUUUUUAUCUCUAGCACGUUACACAUUCGAAUCGAAUCAAACCAAUCUGAUAGGUCUCU